CCCACUAACUCAUUCAUCACAUCAUCUGCACAAACCAAGCCUCUUGCCACACCAAUUAGAAAUUCAUCUCCUGGCGCACAGUUGCUGAUAACCCUACUCCUAACCAGAAUAAAAAUUUGUAGAUUGCUACUCCAUUGAGUGAGCAUUCUCCUUGAGCACCACAACAAUUUGAUCCCUGCACAACCUCACAGGCACAAACCUGCGAUCUGAAGGAGAACUUGCCAAUUCAGCGGCUCUAGUGAUCGUCCCAAAUGAGGACCCUGUUGGGCGAGUUUUGGGAGUUGCAGUCCCUACCGACGAGGGCCAAAAUGUUGCAGCAAAACAGCAAUUCAGCAAUCCGACCCGCCGCUCCGGAUGUCCCUACAGAAGUCUCCCUGAAAGGCUCGCAUUGUAAAUUUGGAAGCUAGAGCUGGUUGUGGCGGCAGAGCAACCAUAGUCAUGGUUCCAUGAUGGAUAGAAACUGUGAGUAUGAGAGAGAAAUCUCCUGGUUCAAUCAAUCAAGAGGAAGACGCCAUAGCAAGGGAAGGUAGAAGUCAUCGAUCAAAACUAUGCUUUGUACCAUGUGACACAUAAAUUUAGACUGAGUUGGCAUGUUUACGUGGAUGAAAAAUUACGUUUUCAUAUUCGUCGUUAAGUUUUUGGAUGAAAAGGACAAAUGUGCAACGAAAUUUGGGUUUAAGUGCUUUAGUUGCAACCAAAUGAAUUUAAGUGGUUAAUGUGAAACCAAUCUGAAACUUAAAUGAUAUCUAAUGCAAUUAACCCAGAUUAUUAAUUAAUCACGAAUGGCAAUUCUAGAGUCUUGGAUGUCACUAGGAUCGCUUGGGAUGAAGUCCAUAGUAAUUGGAGCCUUGAAGGUGUCAAGCUUAAACGAAAGCCAUAGUUGGUGAGUUGCCCACGAAAUGGGAGACUACCAUUCUCAGAGCCAAAUCUUAGCAAUUCACAAGAAAAUAUAUUUAUAAUUAAGCAACCUAGAACUGGAGGUAUGACCGUGCCUUAGGCUAUGGAAACAACCCUUCUUCGAAACAAAAUCCUAACAAGAUCAUGCUUGUGUUCGUGGUUGGGCUCCCUUUUGUUAUAUAAGGAUUUUUUCUCCAACCCAUAGGGGAUGCUUUACUCCUUAUUCAUAGCAUUUGAAUAGCUAUUUUUUAGAGGAGAUUUCCAGCAAUUUCUCACCGAAAGAGACGAGUGAGAGGAUUUACAUGCCUUUGGACUCCGUAUCAUCUCCUCAUCUUUCAUGAGCCCAUUUCAUUUGAUAUUUUGAUGAGGUGAACCUUAGAUAUGUUAUUUAUUAUUGAUUGAUGAGGUAUAUAUUCUAUUAGAAGACAAACAAGGUAAAUUUAGGGUCACUAAUCUGCUUGUGUCGCAGACUAGGUAGCUCUCUUUAAGACGUUCGUGAUACUGCCUUAUAUUGUGCACAACAGACUAUUAGUCAGUCGCCUUUAGAAUAUAACAACCACUCCUACUUUUCUCUAGUCCAUGUGAAAAUCAUAAGUCUCUGAUAAACACUCUCUUAUGUGUUCUGCUCUGUAAAUUGUGUAUGCAGAGAUUCAGAGAAGUCUGCUAUUCAUAGGAGCAGAACCCCCCCCCCCCCCCCCCCCCCCCCCCCCCCCCAAGAAACUCCCUCCUUCGUGGGGAAUAAGCCACCCAUUUUUAGAAGGAUAAUUACUCCUUUUUCAUAGAAUGACAUCUGAAUAAUAAUAUUUUCUUGUUCGUAUAAUGACACAUAAAUAAUAUUAUUUUGUACUCCUUUUUUAUGGCAUGCUUUAGUUUUCAUACUUUUAUUGUCAUAAUGCCAUGAAUUUAACUUAAUAAUUGCACGAAUGUGUGUCUAGUAGUUUCUAUGAGUAUUUUUAUUCUUUUGAUGCCCUUUGGGUAGUUUUUCAUGUGCUUUUAAGGCAAAUAUUAUGGUGGACACCAUGUACGAACUGGAGAGAUUAAGGUCUAACAGUUGGAAUCAGAAAAGUGCUUAAGACCAUGUCCAUAACAUGAUGCCUCAUUUAGUCGGUGAUAACGAUGUAAUUGCACAUAUUUGCGCCCCUAGUUCUUAUCCGUUUGAGAGGCAUAGUCGUGUGUUUUUUGCCUAUUUUACGCCGGGUUGUGUUAUUUUGUCAUAUUUCAGGUCCCAGGCGUCAAAGGAAAGGCUAAGCACGAGUUUUGGGGCAUUCGGAAGUCAUUUCGUCGAGCUGGAGCCAAAACACGGGCACACCUAAAAUAGAACACAGCCGUGUUCUGUGGCCGUGCUUUUACUGCCGAGAGCAAAUCUGAGUUUGGCAAACAUUGGCUAAAAACACGGGCUGAAAGCACGGCCGUGUCCACUAAAGCACGGCCGUGCCCAUCAUCAAACACGCCCGUGUUUCUCCCAACAGGUGGCCGUGUAAUUAACACUAGCCAAAGCAUGGGCGGGCUGAGGCAAAGCACGGACGUGCCCUCGACCGUGCUUUGGCCACUGAUGCCCUUUUAAGCAGAUUUCAGCCAAAACAGAAGGGGAUUCGAGUUUUGAGAGAGAGAGAGAGAGAUUCCUAGAGAGAGAAAGCGACGAACAAGAGUCUCCAAGUGCCCUAGCUUGAUCUUCAUCACCAUUGGAGGCCAGCUUGAGCUUGGAGAAGUGCAGAUCAACGUCCAGGAGCAGGAAUCCAUCCUUCACAGUAUGAAUUCCGCGUCUGAUUCUGCUUUUGCUUCUUUCUCCAUGGAGUAGUUCUCCCAUUCAUCUGGGUAUGGAGAACCCUAGAUUUGUAUGUUAGGCUUUGAUUGUAUGAACCCAAGUACUGAUUCUAUGAUUUGAUUAUGUUCAAUUGAGGUUUGAAUGAUUGAAUGGCAUGAAUCCUGAUCAAAUUCCUGUUGUUUCUGCUUUAACCUAGAAUGAGAAUAUCUGCCUAGGUUGAUAGAGCAUCCUUGAUUGAAGGUAGGGAGUUGGUGACUUUAGUCGAGGAGCCAACUCACUAUUCUAUACCGGAUUCACUUCUGUAGUGGAGGUUUUGUUCAUAGGGCCUCAAUCUGUUUACUCCGGUGGAGGUUAGUCGCCCGCUAGAGACUCAGAUUGAGAGGGUCUGAAGACCUUUAGUCGAGACUUCAGGCUGUUUAAGAACCUUCCGCAACAUAACUAUCAUAGAAACUGAACUUGGUAAUUGCAAUCCGGCUUAACUGCAGUCUAGGGGGAACCAUAUCCGGGUGACCUCUCUUAACCUGAAUACAACAGUUUACUUGCUUUGUUAUUUUGUUAGUCGAGAUUUGCAUUAAAGUUUCAUUGCUAGAUAACAAGAAUUCACUGAGUAGUCAUCAAAUCUAGGACCCGGGUUGAUAAUUAAACCCAAACCAGCUAUACUACGCUUUAGGAAGUGGUUCCACUUGGCCAAUUCCUAGGGUGACAGUAGAAGUGAGUCAAGUUUUUGGCGCCGUUGCCGGGGACGGCUAGGUUGUUGAAGAAAAGUGAUUUCUGUUAAUUUAGCUUUUCUUUUGGCUUUGUUUGCUUUGUCCCACUUGUGCCUUCACGGGUUUGCUUGCUUGAGUGUGUGCAGGUAGUGCAUGACCCGUAGCCAGUCGGGAGGGUUACUGCCAUUGAAUCCAGAGAUUGACCACACCUGUCGGCAACUCAGGAGACAACAGCGAGCUAGACUGGCUACGGAAGAGCGCCUAAACGGCCACUUGAGUAGCGAUUCUGAAGAAGAGUACGGGAUGGACGGAGACUACAAUCAGCACCAGGGGAAUCCUCAACAGACUCCCCCGGUGAAUCAGGUCCUGGGGAACAACCCCAUACCCCAGGAUCAUGGGGUUCAUCAUCCACUGCCGCCGGGUCCCACCUUGGAGUACUACUACACUCCUCGGAUUGCUGACAUCCGCCCGGUCAUCCUCUACCCGCCUAUUCCAGCAAACAACUUUGAGAUCAAGCCAUUCUGGAUUCAUAUCAUUACAUCUUCUAUCGAGUUCCAUGGCUUGAAGGAUGAGGAGGCCAGGGUGCAUCUUUCCCGUUUUUUGCAGCUGACGAACGGGUUCAAGCUUAAUGGUGUCCCGGAUGAUGCAAUCCGCCUUCAUCUCUUCCCCCAUUCUCUGGCGGGGAAUGCUAAGAGGUGGUUGGAGACCCAGCCCCCAUUGUCCAUCAUCUCUUGGGAUGAUCUGGCUGACAAAUUCGUGCACAGGUACUAUCCGACAUCGAAGACUACAAAGAUCCAGCGGGAGAUCACUCACUUCCGCCAAGAGCCAAAUGAGUCACUUCGUGAUGCUUGGGAGCGGUACAUGGGAUAUUUCUGGCAGUGUCCCCAUCAUGGCUUCAGUGAUGCAUUCACAGUGGGGAACUUCUACAGUGCUCUCUCCCUAGAUAGCCAGAGGGUGAUUGAGUCUCUAUGCCCAGGAGGGGAUAUUCUUACUAAGACUCCACCCGACCUGAACCAGAUGAUCAGUACUUUGGCUGCCAGAGAUCAUUCUUGGGGACAGGGUAGCCGAGGCAGACAGUCCCGGGACCGUGGUGUGCACGCCAUGGAGACCAGAUCCGGGCUCGAGCAGCAGGUAGCUGAGCUAGUGCAGACAUUGAAGCAGCUCAACAGUCUUAUUCCGGGCAGAGGUUUGGCUACACCUCCAGUAGCUCAAUGUCAGUGGUGCGAGAGCUCCAAUCACCUAGUGGAGGACUGCCAGGCUAUGAGGGAGUCUACCACUCCCCAAGAGCAGUUGGACUUCAUCACCAAUGCUCGGCGCCUCGACCCGUACAGCAACACAUAUAAUGAGGGGUGGCGCCAGCAUCCCAACUUCACCUGGAACAGCAACACCACUAAACCACCUGGUUUCCCAGCACCAGCAGGUGGUUUUCAGCAGAGGCAGCCCUUCCAGGCUCGACAGGGGCUAGCCCCACAGAAGCAGCCCUACCAGCCUAGGCAGGGGCAACCAUUCCAACAGCCCCAGCGUCAGUUUGUCGAGCCAGCAGCAGCCCCUGCCCCAGAUGACCGGAUGACAAAGCUGGAAAAUAUUCUAGCUUCAUUCAUGACUAGCACUCAGGCUGCUAUCACGUCACUGGAGGCAGGUCAGUGGAACCAGGGUGCCAUUUUGCAAGAUCUGCAGACCCAGGUGGGCAUCUUGGCCCGCCAAAACACUACCGGGGCACCGGGGACUCUGCCUGCCACCACUAUCCCGAAUCCUCGGGAUCCUCACCAGCUCCAGCAGCUGGAUGCCAUUUUUACCAGGAGCGGUAAGACCAUAUCUGCUGAUCCUGUCUCGGCCAGACAGGAGGAACCACUACCUGCUUCAGCACUUCCAGCCGACGAUGCAGAAGUGCGGGUGGAGAAGGAAGCCCCUGCUCCCAAGCCACAACCAGUGGUUAAGGAGCAUGUACCCCAGCUUCCCUUCCCCACUCGCCUACACAAAGACAAGUUGGAGACUGAGUUUGCCAAGUUUAUGGCAAUGUUGAAGCAGCUCAACAUCAGCAUACCGUUCGUGGAGGCACUGUCGAAGAUGCCCAAGUAUGCCAAGUUCAUGAAAGAUCUCCUCACCAACAAGAAGAAACUUGGGGAUCUCUCGACAGUAGGGAAGCUGCAUUGUUUACAAGUAAAAGGAAAAAGGCUUUUCUGUUGGUUGAUGGUCAUUGUGAAAAUGCAGGUACUUUUGAGCAACGAGAGGAUAUGGGAACAGAUCAACGCCCUGCGCAUAAUUGUGGGAUAUACAGCUUCUAGGCAACCAACGUUAAUGGAAGAGCUCAGCGCCCUAUAUGUUUUCACUGGAGUUGUGCCGCCUGUUGCAUCAUUCAACGACCCUUAUGAUCUGGUGGAGGUGAACGCGAAGCUCAGGAAUCUCAAGUUUAUUGUUGGAGUGAAAUGAGAAGAGGCAGCAUGCAGAAUAGCAUUGUCAACUGUGUUUAUACUUUUGGGUUGUGCUGUUAAACGUUACCAAACAAUAAUAAAAUGCAUGUAUAACGCAAGUCGCCUUGCUUAGGAAUGCAAGGUAUUAGAUGGCGAUGCAUUUUGCGCAAACCUUUGGAGAAGCCAUAUUUACCUCGAGCGAAAAUGGAACCUCUACUUGCUGGCUGCUGCAUGCAUAUAUAUUCGUGGAUUGAGGGAGUAGCAACAUGGAGCCGUAGCUAGGAAGGUCGGUCAUGGGUACCAAAAACUUAAGUUCGGAUGAUCAGUAGAAGGAGAUGCUGCAUAACAGUUUCCGUCAGUGCUUUGCUUCGAAUGCGGCAAUGACUUCAUCGAUUGGGAACGCAAUGCAUUUUCAAAAUGGUAUUUGUAAAAUUAUAAAAAUAUAUGUAGACCACUUGAGUCCAUAUAAAUUAUUGUCAAUGGU